AUGAAGCAUAGAGCAGCUGCGAAUAGUCUGAAUCAGAAGGAGAAUGAAAAAUGCAUAGGCAAUCAAUAUUCAUACAAGUCAAGACCUCCUUUGUAAUAAGAUUUACUGAUGAGCUUAAAGAAUUAACAACUCAGAAAUCUUGAUGCCAUCAGUUAGAUUCUAUAAUCCAAAAUUUGUAAAGUUGAAAAACGUGAUAAUGUUGAAUACUUCAAAUUCGACUUCAAAAAAUAACAGAAUAUCUGUGACAGAGUUAAGUUUCUUAGUAAUUAACCUGACGAUGAUAUCAAUAAAACUGAGAUCUUUAAAGCUCAAUAUAAGGUUGGGAGUCGCAUCGGCCAAGGAGCUUAUGCCUCUGUCAGAGUGGCUAUUUAAAUUGAAACUGGCACUAAGGUGGCUAUCAAAAUAUACGAGAAAUCUAAAAUACGCGAUUUAUAGCGUCGCAAAGGAGUGCGUAGAGAAAUCGAAAUUCUUGAAAAGUUGGAUCAUCCAAAUAUUGUCAAGAUCAUCGACACCUUGGAAUCCAAUAAUCAUGUCAAUAUUAUUAUAGAAUAUGUGAGUGGAAGUUCACUCCACCAUUUCAUUCGAAAAUAAUAGGAACGCAGACUCGAUGAAGACACUGCUAAAACUAUAUUUAAAUAGAUCCUUGAUGCUGUUUAAUAUUGUCACUCCAAAAACAUUGCUCACAGAGAUCUCAAAUUAGAAAACAUUCUACUAGAAGCCUAAACACCCAAACUCAUAGAUUUUGGCUUCUCCACUUCCUUUCCCAUCGACAAGAAAGUCAAAAUGUUCUGUGGUACCCCUAGUUAUAUGGCUCCAGAAAUCGUCACCAGGUAAGAGUAUCGAGGUGAUAAAUCAGAUGUUUGGGCCUUAGGAGUCGUCCUCUUCACUAUGUUACAAGGAGUCUUCCCCUUCAAAGGAGAUACCGAUGCAGAACUCUAUUCUAAGAUUUAAUCAGGAGAAUUCACUAUCACUCAUGACAUAUCCAAAGAAGCCAUCGCAUUACUCUAUGGAAUGCUCACAACUGAUCCUGAUGAAAGACCCACUGUAAUUGAAUUACUCAAUUACCCUUGGUUUAAGAAAAAUGACUUAAGUGAUGAAAAAGAGGACGUCAAAAAGAAACAUAAACUACCUUAAGAUCUAAUUGAAGAUCUUAAUACAAUUACUAAAAAUAUGUCCUUCAUUACUCCUACUAGUUAAAUCAAAUAAUAAUUUUGCUUUGAUUUCUCGCAUCUAAAAAAUUAUUCCAAACCCAGCACCAAUAAGGCUAUCAUCCCUAAGCCUUCCUACUUUACUACUACCAAUGCCUAAGCCAAAUCGAGAGAACCCUAGUUUUUCAAAGUUGAAAAAAUAUUAACUAAAAAUGACAGACACACUACUACUCAUUCAAAGGAAAGACAUCCUACUUUAUCGAAAGAAAGACAAUCCUCCUAUAGUUUUGAAUCUAGUAGAGGAUUGUCCCAGAAAAAGAAUCCUCAUCAGUUGACUGUCCAUCCUAGUUUCAUACCAAGUGAAAAGAGUUUUCACUCUUUCAAAAGUCCUUAAAUGGCUAUGAAUGAUAAACGUUUCAAUUUUUUUUAUAAUUGA